GUUAUAAUGAGAUAAAUGGAGAGAGCUAUCUGCUGCUAUACUUACUCAUUCUUUCAUAUGCAGAUAUCGGCAUUAACGAAACAGAACAAACUACUGACAAAGAAAAACUCGAGGACAAAGGACAGUGCCUCUAAUAAAAGCCUGAAGGAAACCGCUGGAAACAAAUUUGGCAUCCAUACCACGCCUGAGGAAACAUUAACAGGGUCUGCGAUUACACAUAUUAAGGUGGGGAACUCAGCUGCAGCGGCAUCAAGCUCUGAAACAUGCAUGGAGACAACUCUCUCUUCAGAUGAGGGUCAACUCGAGCCAGUGAGGACUAUAGAAGCAACUCAGCUUAACUUCAAAUAUUUGUUCAUGGCCAUUCUCAUAUUGCUGGUUUCGAUUUUUGCGAUCUAUCUGUUUCAACUUGAAUAAGAUGGUGUAACGUAGUCUUGGCACUUUAGCAGUUUUGGUGUAAGAGUACCUUUGAGUCUUGGUACUCUAGUAGUUGUCCUCAAGUUGUUUAGCUUGGGUGUAUCUGGUUAGGAGUGGUGAGAGUGUUGACUGUAUUUGCAAUCUCACACAGUUUCUAUUGACUGUAUUUGCAUCACCGAAGAGUUCCAGUUCAUGUCCAAAUUCUCUCCUUUCUGAGCAUUCUAGACUCUAUUUCGAGGCCUUUAGCUUUUUCAUUUCAGCAACUCCUUGGAGUUGUAAUGACUCCUAAUCUAUGGGGUGUUUCGGGAGUUUGAAUUUCUUGGAACCACAGGCAGUACCUUUUCCUCUACUGCCCUUUUUCUUUUCACAAACGUGUUUUGAAUGGGGUUGAAUGUGUGUAUAUUGUGUCGACUUGUGGUUAUGAGAUGAAAAUUAAAAAUAAAAUUCAAGUGUUGAGUUGGUCUU